UGGGGCGGGCGCGGAGCCAGGCGCCGGGCGCUGGGGGCGGCGGCUGGGCACGGGGCGCACUUGGCGGCGCGCUGCACUUGGGGCGCACAGACGCUUCGGCAGCGGUUCGGGCUCCGGCUCUGCUCGGGCCGCUGCGGUUGGGCCACCGGCCCGGUUCGGGUUGGAGUACAGCCUGGACCUCCUCGGCGCUGCCCGCCCGGCCUCUGUGCCCGCGGACCAUGCGCCGGGCAUCCCCCGGGGACCCCGGCUGGGUUGAAAGCCCUCUCACCCCAGGCUCCAGGGCUCUGGCCCCUCCCGGCCGCCCCGCCGGCGGUCCGCGCCCUGCCCCGAGCACCGGCGCUGCGUGAGCCGCAGGGCCAUGGAGCGCCCGCCGCCCGACGGGCCGCUGAACGCGUCGGGGGCUCUGGCUGGAGAGGCGACGGCGGCGGCGGGCGGGGCGCGCGGCUUCUCCGCCGCCUGGACCGCGGUGCUGGCCGCGCUCAUGGCGCUGCUCAUCGUGGCCACGGUGCUGGGCAACGCGCUGGUCAUGCUCGCCUUCGUGGCCGACUCGAGCCUCCGCACCCAGAACAACUUCUUUCUGCUCAAUCUCGCCAUCUCCGACUUUCUCGUGGGAGCCUUCUGCAUCCCGCUGUAUGUGCCCUAUGUGCUGACCGGCCGCUGGCCCUUUGGCAGGGGCCUCUGCAAGCUGUGGCUGGUGGUAGACUACCUACUCUGCACGUCCUCCGUCUUCAACAUCGUGCUCAUCAGCUAUGACCGGUUCCUGUCGGUCACCCGCGCUGUCUCUUACCGGGCCCAGCAGGGCAACACGCGGCAGGCGGUGUGGAAGAUGGCGCUGGUGUGGGUGCUGGCCUUCCUGCUGUACGGGCCGGCCAUCCUGAGCUGGGAGCACCUGUCGGGCAGCAGCUCCAUCCCCGAGGGCCACUGCUACGCAGAGUUCUUCUACAACUGGUACUUCCUCAUCACGGCCUCCACGCUCGAGUUCUUCACGCCCUUCCUCAGCGUCACCUUCUUCAACCUCAGCAUCUACCUGAACAUCCAGAAGCGCACCCGUGACCGGCUGGACGGGGUCCGAGAGGCCACUGGCCUGGAGCCCCCACCGGAGGCCCAGCCCUCCCCGCCAGCCGCACCUGGCUGCUGGGGCUGCUGGCAGAAGGGGCACAGGGAGGCCAUGCCACUGCACAGGUAUGGCCCCAGGAUCGGCGAGGCGGCCCCUGGCACUGAGGCAGGGGAGGCAGCCCUGGGGGGCAGUGGUGGGGGCACCGCAGACUCGCCCACCUCCAGCUCAGGCAGCUCCUCGCGGGGCACAGAGCGGCCUCGCUCGCUCAAGAGGGGCUCCAAGCCCUCGGCGUCCUCCGCAUCUCUGGAGAAGCGCAUGAAGAUGGUGUCCCAGGGCUUCACCCAGCGCUUCCGGCUGUCCCGGGACAAGAAGGUGGCCAAGUCGCUGGCCAUCAUUGUGAGCAUCUUUGGACUCUGCUGGGCCCCGUACACCCUCCUCAUGAUCAUCCGGGCUGCCUGCCACGGCCACUGCGUCCCCGACUACUGGUAUGAGACGUCCUUCUGGCUACUAUGGGCCAACUCGGCAGUCAACCCAGUCCUCUACCCGCUGUGCCAUUACAGCUUUCGCCGGGCCUUCACCAAGCUGCUGUGCCCCCACAAGCUCAAGGUCCAGCCUCACAGCUCUCUGGAGCACUGCUGGAAGUGAGCUGGCCCUCCAGGGCCCCUCUGCCCACACCCUGGUUUCUGGGCCACUGCCGCCUCCUCUUCGGCCCACACUUUUUCCGUGUGGCCUCUCUUAGACCACCUGCCUGCCAUAGGGGCAGCUUGGUGGGCUGGCUGAGGACCCUGCUGCCUGAACUGGAGUGUGAGUGGCUAGCCCAAAUCCUAACUUCCCCAGGAGAGACAAUCUAGGGGUCUCAGCCACAAUGCCAACCUCCCCAGACAGUGUGGCAACUGUUACCGCGUGGUGUUCUUCCCAAAGCAAGCGCGUGGCGUGUGCUCCAUGCUUCCUGCCCGCAGUCUGCUCUGCAUGUGCGCACACCUGCACACCUUCCCCUGCUCCAGACAAGCCCGGGCCACUGGCCCUGCGGCCACCUGCCCCUUCUUAUGCCCGGCCCGACUCCUGCAGCCCUCUUUCCUCCAACUCUGUCUGUCCCCAAAGUGCCAACAGCUUGCUGCUGUUCUCUGCUUUUCCAUUCUGGGUGUUUCAGGAAGACAAAGAAGAAGAGCACACAUCUGUGAACUCGAUGUUCCUUGGAUGUUUAAUCAAGAGAGACAAGAUUGCAGAGGAGCUCAGGGCAGGAUUGGCAGGUGUGGGCUCCCACGCCCUGUCCUCGUGCUGCUGUUUCCGGCUGAGCUGCACCAGCUGCUUCUGCCCACCCUGCCCCCGGCCUGGGUGCUGGGCCCGACUGGUGGCUCUGAGAGUGGCCAGAGCCCGGACACCUGCUGUCAGCAGGCUGCCACCCACUUCCUCUGCUCAAUCAGUGUUUCCUGGGCUGACGGGCCCAAGGGCCAGCUCUGCCCCGAUGGCCCUGAGGCCUGCAGGGCAGUCAGAGGGACCAGGCCCGUGUCUAGUGGAGGGUCCCUUCACCACAUUCCGUGCACCGUGGCAUCCUGCAUGCUCUGCGCCCCGGGACCGUCCAGCGGCCCUGUAGACUCUGAGGUCCACAGUAAAGUGUAUUUUUUUAUGGGUG